GGGGUCCCGGGCUUCCCGACCUUGCUCUUCCUGUUAUAUCCUGCUUCCUCCUCCCUGGGGAAAUCCUGGAACUGUUGCUCGUCAGUCCUAAAAGUGAGGUUGGCAACCAGAAGGCCCCCUUUACUGAGCCAGGCAUUCAGCUGUUUAGUUACUCACUGGAUGCUUACUGAGCCUUGCUGGGUGCCAGGUCCCAGGCACAGAUACACAGUGAACACAGAGGCAGGGCAUCUGCCCUCAGGGAACUUCCACUCUAGUGGAGGAGACAGUAAGACAAGUAGGCAAGUAAAGAAAUGAGUAUAUACACCUAGUUACCCAUUGCGCUAAACCCUAAGAAGGAAAUGAACCAGGUGCAGCGAUAGAGAAUAACAAGGUGGCACUAACUUAGACAGGGCGGCCAGGGGAGGCCUGCUUGAGAAGUGACAUCUAUGCCUGCUCUCACCCCCCCAGACUAGAAGUGAGCCCUCAGAGCUUCUGAGCCAUUCUUGGCAACCGCCUGGGUCCAGGUGAGAGACCUGGGCUGAGUGCUGGCAGGGGACUGGAGCGCAAUCUCCAGCCUUUUGCCUGGCAGGGAACAGCAGGGUCUCGGCUGCUCGAGCCAUCCCCAGAGGCUGGCAGAAGGGGCGAGGAGGAGGGAGAGCUGGACAGGGCUGGACCCAGCCUGCUUCGGCGCCUGGGGGAGCAGCCUCUUCCCCGUCGUGGGGCCGAGUCCAGGGCCCUGUCGACAUGUCAGGGGUUGGGAAGGCGGCAGCCUCUCUCAAGUGCCAGCCCAUUCCUGACCCUCCUGCCUCACCUUCCUCCCACCUCGUUCCCUUCCUCCCAUCUCCCCACCCUACAACUCCAGUGCCAAGUCCCUCCUCUCUUGGUCUAGCCUGGCUGCCUCUGUGGCCACUGGGAUUUAUUUACCUGGCUCAGGAAUCACCCGGCGGGGGGGGGCGGCGGGGGUCAAGGCUUAGAGAGGAGCUGGGCCCUGGAAGAGAGGACACACCAGAAAGAAGGGCUGGGGCAGGGGCCAGCGAGGACAGGGCAAAGGGAGGGCCGAGGCUGGCCGAGCGGGGGGCCGGGGCAGGAGAGAGGGAGCAGAGGAGAUCUUUGGCUGGGCGCUCCAGAGCUGCUCCUGGGCCCUUGGAAUCUGCUCCUCAAACUGGAUGGGACCCAGGUGAGCCCGGGUGCCCACUGCCCCAGUCCCCCUGGCACAGGCUGCCCCAGGCCCUGCGCAGACACGCCAGGCCCUCAGCCCCAGCCCAUGGACCUGCGGGUGGGCCAGCGGCCCCCGGUGGAGCCCCCGCCGGAGCCCACGCUGCUGGCCCUGCAGCACCCCCAGCGCCUGCACCACCACCUCUUCCUGGCUGGCCUGCAGACCCAGCGCUCGGCGGAGACCAUGAGGGUAAAGAUAGAGCUCCCCAAGCACGCAGUGGCCUCGAGCUCAGACCCGGCACCCCUCCCUCCCUUCAGCCUCCCCAGACCCUCGCCUCCGUCUCCAACUCCUCGCCCCUCCCUGGGCGGCCGGCCCUCCCCACAGCUCUCAAUGGACACGCCGUUGCCCGAGUUGCAGGUGGGGCAGCAGGAGCAGGAGCUGCGGCAGCUUCUCAAUAAGGACAAGAGCAAGCGCAGUGCCGUAGCCAGCAGUGUGGUCAAGCAGAAGCUGGCAGAGGUGAUUCUGAAGAAACAGCAGGCAGCCUUAGAGAGGACGGUCCAUCCCAAUAGCCCCAGCGUUCCCUACAGAACUCUUGAGCCCUUGGAGACGGAAGGAGCUGCCCGUUCCAUGCUCAGCAGCUUCCUGCCUCCUGUACCCAGCCUGCCCAGCGACCCCCCAGAACACUUCCCUCUGCGUAAGACAGUCUCUGAGCCCAACCUGAAGCUGCGCUACAAGCCCAAAAAGUCCCUGGAGCGGAGGAAGAACCCGCUGCUGCGGAAGGAGAGCGCCCCGCCCAGCCUCCGGCGGCGGCCGGCAGAGACCCUCGGCGACUCCUCCCCCAGUAGUAGCAGCACGCCGGCGUCAGGGUGCAGCUCCCCCAAUGACAGCGAGCACGGCCCCAACCCGGUCCUGGGCUCCGAGGCGCUCUUGGGCCAGCGGCUGCGGCUGCAGGAGACCUCUCUGGCUCCGUUCGCCUUGCUGCCCACAAUCACGCUGGGGCUGCCUGCCCCUGCCAGGGCUGAUGGUGACCGCAGGACCCAUGCGACUCUGGGCCCUCGGGGACCAGUCCUGGCGAGUCCCCAUGCUCCCCUCUUCCUGCCCCAUGGCCUGGAGCCCGAGGCUGGAGGCCCCCUGCCCUCUCGCCUGCAGCCCAUUCUCCUCCUGGAUCCUUCGGUCUCUCACGCCCCCCUGCUGACUGUGCCCGGGCUUGGGCCCCUGCCCUUCCACUUUGCCCAGUCCUUACUGACCACCGAGCGGCCCUCCGGGUCAGGCCUCCACCGGCCGCUGAGCCGGACCCGCUCAGAGCCCCUGCCCCCAAGCGCCACUGCCCCCCCACUGCUGGGUCCCCUGCAGCCCCGCCUGGAGCGGCUCAAACCUCAUGUCCAGCUGAUGAAGAGGCCAGCCAAGCCGAGUGAGAAGCCCCGACUGCAGCAGAUACCCUCGGCUGAGGACCUCGAGACAGAUGGCGGGGGCGUGGGGCCGCUGGGGGAUGACGGCCUGGAGCACAGGGAGUCCAGCCAUGGGCAGCAUGAGGCCCGAGGCCCUGUUCCUCUCCAGCAGCACCAGCAGGUGUACCUCUGGGAGCAGCAGCGACUGGCUGGGCGGCUCCCCCGGGGAGCCACUGGGGACUCCGUGCUGCCUCCCCUGGCCCAGGGCGGUCACCGGCCUCUGUCCAGGGCUCAGUCUUCCCCAGCCGCGCCUGCCUCCCUGCCAACCCCAGAGCCCACCAGCCAGGCCCGUGUCCUGCCCAGCUCAGAGACCCCUGCCCGGACCCUGCCCUUCACCACAGGGCUGGUCUAUGACUCAGUAAUGCUGAAGCACCAGUGCUCCUGCGGAGACAACAGCCGGCACCCGGAGCACGCAGGCCGCAUCCAGAGCAUCUGGUCCCGGCUGCUGGAGCGGGGGCUCCGGAGCCAGUGCGAGUCUCUACGGGGCCGGAAGGCCUCCCUGGAGGAGCUGCAGUCAGUGCACUCGGAGAGGCACGUGCUCCUCUACGGCACCAACCCGCUCAGCCGCCUCAAACUGGACAAUGGGAAGCUGGCAGGGCUCCUGGCACAGCGGAUGUUCGUGAUGCUGCCCUGCGGUGGCGUUGGGGUGGAUACCGACACCAUCUGGAACGAGCUGCACUCCUCCAACGCGGCCCGCUGGGCUGCCGGCAGCGUCACUGACCUCGCCUUCAAAGUGGCUUCCCGAGAGCUAAAGAACGGUUUUGCUGUGGUUCGGCCCCCAGGACACCAUGCAGACCAUUCCACAGCCAUGGGCUUCUGCUUCUUCAACUCAGUGGCCAUCGCCUGCCGGCAGCUGCAACAACAGGGCAAGGCCAGCAAGAUCCUCAUCGUGGACUGGGACGUUCACCAUGGCAACGGCACACAGCAGACCUUCUACCAGGACCCCAGCGUGCUCUACAUCUCCCUUCAUCGCCACGACGAUGGCAACUUCUUCCCAGGCAGUGGGGCUGUGGAUGAGGUGGGAGCUGGCAGCGGUGAGGGCUUCAAUGUCAAUGUGGCCUGGGCUGGAGGUCUGGACCCCCCAGUGGGGGAUCCUGAGUACCUGGCCGCCUUCAGGAUAGUCGUGAUGCCCAUCGCCCGGGAGUUCUCUCCGGACCUGGUCCUGGUGUCAGCUGGGUUUGAUGCUGCCGAGGGUCACCCACCCCCACUGGGCGGCUACCACGUUUCCGCCAAAUGUUUUGGGUACAUGACGCAGCAGCUGAUGAGCCUGGCGGGAGGCGCGGUGGUGCUGGCCUUGGAGGGUGGCCACGAUCUCACAGCCAUCUGUGACGCCUCUGAGGCCUGUGUGGCUGCUCUUCUAGGCAACAAGGUGGAUCCCCUCUCAGAAGAAGGCUGGAAACAGAAACCCAACCUCAAUGCCAUCCGCUCUCUGGAAGCUGUGAUCCGGGUGCACAGUGAAUACUGGGGCUGCAUGCAGCGCCUGGCCUCCUGUCCAGACUCCUGGGUGCCCAGGGUGCCAGGGGCCGAUGCAGAAGUGGAGGCAGUAACUGCACUGGCAUCCCUCUCCGUGGGCAUCCUGACUGAAGAGCGGACCUCAGAGCAGCUGGUGGAGGAGGAAGAACCCAUGAAUCUUUAGGCUACAGGACGGAUCUGCCCCCUGCCGCGCCCUGCCCCGCCCUGCCCUUCGGACCUGGUUCUCUUCCAACCUCUGGCAACAGUACCCGUUCCCGGGGUCUUCAGAGAUCCUUCGGGCAGGUAGUCGGGGCCAGAGAACAGCCUCUUGACAGUCACCCCAAGGAGCCUGGGAAGGCCCCUGGGUCUAGCAUAGGGACCAAAGAAGACCCUGACAGGAGGCCGGCUGCGUAGCCAGCCGGGCCCCAGUAGGGCUCUCCCCGAAGCACAGUCUACCCCUCUGGGGUCUGGGCCCCUAGCUGGGCCCCCGAUCCUCAGGCCUGCACAGAGGAGGACUGGCACAGCCGGGCCCGCUCACAACCACUAUUCCUGGUUCUGUAGACCCCCGACUUUGCACACAGCCCCAGGCUCCACACAGAAAUGUGAACUCGGCCUCCGCCAGAGUGGCCCUUCCUAGGCUCUGGGGGAGGGAGCAUGGGUAGCAGGGGCAAAGGGGUCCCAUGUCCCUGCGUGCAGGGGGAGUCCCUCCUCUCCUGCUUCCUCAGAUGACUCUGGAAGCUUCCUCCCCACCACUGGGCAGUGAGACAGACCUCCCUCUGAGAGCAGUCAUCGGCAGGCCUCCCAUCUGGUCCCUGCCCCUGCCAGAGGCCACCUGCGUCAGCCAUCUCAGGGCUCUGGUGCAGCAGACAGGUGCUCCUGGAGUUCUUUGCUUCCUGAUCCAAUGGUGCCAAACCCUUCACCUCCCCUCAGAAGCACAGCAUGACCCCCAGGGACCCCUCAGUAGUCACCACCCCCCUCCGUGAGCCUUCUCUUUCUGGGGUCUCCCCCACCCCAGCUGACUCCUGCCCUACAUAGGACUAGCUUGGCUGACGGGAAAGGGGGUGGGAGAGUGAAUGGAAGACAUGGGGGAGGGGAGGCUGCCCUGGCAAAGACUUCGAGGCUUCAGGGGUCCAGGCCUGGGGCCAAGAAGGAAAGUAUUUGUGUGUGUGUGUGUGUGUGUGUGUGUGUGUGUGUGUGUGUGUGUGUGUAUGUGCGUGUGCGUGUGUGUGUGUGAGAGAGAGACAGUAAGAGGAGGGUUUGUAUGUGUGUGCACAUGAGUGUGUCUUCCCGAGGACCACCAUGCCCUGUGUAUGUAUGCAUGUUUUUGUAAAAAAGAAAAAAAAAAAUGGAAAAAAAAUCUGAACAAUAAAUGUUUUAUUUGCUUUAAA